GUCAUUUGUUGUUUGAGUCACGUUCUAUGACUUUUUCCUAUAUCAAUGUGCAUGCAAUAUAUGCUUUCGAUUUGCAACGUGCAAUUGUCGCAAGAAUACAGUUAGUUUGUUGUUUUUCGAGCAGUCCCUCAAUGUAAUAGAUCACAAAAUAUUUUUUUUAGUGGUGAAGGAACAGGGCGAAAAAAUGCUGCUGGAAUUAUUCCUACAGGCGUUAUCAGUUCUACUUCUUGCGCUGAUCGUGGAAAAGACACCUGAUAACUUAGGUCCUAUAGCUGACCUGAUAACCGGAAUAGUUAACAAAAGUUCAAUUAUAUCCGAAAAUCUGAGCCCAUAUAGGCAGAACGAUGGAAAAGAUAUUUCAGUGUUCCCUACUUCUUCAUCUGAAUCGAUCGAAACAUAUGAUUUCAUCAUAGUGGGAGCCAGUCCUAGUGGUAGUGCUUUGGCCAAUCGGCUAUCAGAGGUUGGCAAGUGGAACAUUAUAGUUUUAGAGGCAGGAGGCAUGCCGAGCCCUUUAACAACCAUACCAGUUCAGUGUACAUUAUUGUCUUUCACUGCGUAUGAUUGGGGAGCUCAUACAGAGCCACAGGAACAGCACUGCAGGGACUUCCUUCAUAUUGGAGUACAUCGUUAAAGCCUACAUCUUCAGACAUUACUUUUUUGAAUCGUUGCAUUUAUUUUUUGUUAUCUUAAGCCUUGUCUCGUAGAGCUGUUUGGGCUCAUAGGCUAUAUAAAUUUGCUUUUGGCGUUGAGGUAAGACUUCAUAAGGAUCGUUGAUUUCCGAUUUGUAGUAGAUUUGGCCAGUGCUAUCAUAUCUUAGGCAUAUCAGAUCGUUCACCUGUAACUAGUUUUUCUUAUUUUCUGGACAUAUGGGAUUGUACUUUUUACAGGUGUACUUCGAGAUUCAGAAAAUAUGAAUGGCUUGGGUACUCUACGUCCAAAGGAAAUGAUCGCAUCUCUAACAAGUUUUAUGUAAUCGGUAGGCAAAUGUAUGUCUUUCCCUCUAAGGCACCUUUCAAUGAGACAAUGAGUCGAGUCAUACCGCAUCUGAAUGUGACCCUUCUCCAGACACCUCUGCUCAAUCAGUAUAUUAUACCAUGUGGCCAAUAGAGACAAGUCAUUAAGAAAUAUGCUGUUUUUGUUUUGGUAUCCACAACUAUCUGACCACAACAUAAUCGGUUUGGCUAGAUUGUUCAAAGCAGACUCUCCUUCAUACUCGCUCUGUUGAUUUAGAAUAAUGCUGUAGCUCAUUUGCUAGAUGUCACUUUAUAGAAUGCGCCAAGUGAAUCUAUCUGAAUUAUUCUCAUGUCGCAGUACCGAACCGCUUCCUCGGAGCCAACUCACAGACGUUUUUAAUGAUGAAGCCAACCUCUUUGGAAUAGUUCGGUAACGUUCGAUCCUGCGACCCAAACACAACCCUUGAGUAUGUUUUAGAAUGUCAUUUCAAUAAACUGAUAAUCACUCACAAUGAAUACAGCCUGCUGAAGCGUAUUUAAGGUAGCUCUCAAGUCCAGCAGCUCAGUGUAAUUAACGCAUCCUAUGUGUCAGUGGAAGACAGAGUGAAGCCAUGAGUACCCUGUAUGGUAGUAUGGGUGACAAAACUCCGACUUAACUAUUAAAGAACAUCAGAAAUAAACAUUUAGAAGACCCACUAGCAUAGGGAUUAUUGUACAUUAAUUCUAAUUUAUCGUAUAAAUUAAAUACGUAUGGAUCGUGGGUGAUUGAUUGUACUAAGGAAUUAUCACUCGCGUUCCUAUUUCUGAUGUUAGAGAAAUACUUCAGUAACUUUUGUAGAGUAGCUUUUAUUGAGGCACCAGCAACAGUUGAGAACAGAAGAACAAGUAACGAAACGAGUACAGAGAGUAGUCAAAGACCCUUUUUAUAUUCUAGGAUUAGACUUACGAAUUUUCCAGAAAUCAGUAGUGUCCGGUAAAAAUGCAAGCAUCUUCACAUCAUGUCUCUCGAGUAUGGGACGGUGUUAUACUCGUAGGGAUUUGGAUGGUGUUAAUUCUUUAAGGUAAUGGCAUCAGGAUACCAUAACUUAUACCAACAGAACAGUUACAAGAUCCAAUAGGCUGUAACCAAUCUUUACUUUUUAAUCAAACUUCCGAGCAAUAAACAAAUGACGCUUUCGAAUCGAAGUACACAUUUCUGAUAAGAUUUCUUCAAUGGCGUAACGCUUUAUUGUAAAAAAAAUAUAGAUAACAUUAUUUGAUCAAAUAAAGAGAGCAACCAACAUAAUCAGGUUCAAUGAGCAAGUGGAUGCUGAGGGAUACACCUUAUUGGAACCGAAAAUAACAGUUGAGUUAGAUACGACAUAUUAGAAUAUGGGCAAAAAUGGUGUUUUUAUUAGCAGGUUGGCUACGACAAAUUGUCACAUGAUAGAAAUACUUUUGUUCAUUUGAGAUCCAUCAAAAUCUCGAUUUCGGCAUUUUGUAGGAUACGUCGCAUUAGAACUAACCCAUCGAUAUCACUUUCCGUUUUUAUGAUGAUUACCUAAUAAUUAGCGCGGUAUUUCACGAAGCAGUAUUGAAAGUGUUCCGUAGCAGUUUAUCAGGAUACUUGCAGAAAUAAAAGGACAUACAGUUUUGAACUUUGUAUAUACAUUGCAGGAUCUCUUAUUACAUAUUAAUGCUGUUAUUUCAGGCUGUAUCGACCACAGAAUGAAAUAUGCUAAGGGUAAAGGUCUAGGUGGUAGCUCAAUUGUCAACUUCAUGAUAUACACGAGAGGUAAUAAGAUUGACUACGAGAAGUGGGAAGAGAUGGGUAAUCCGGGAUGGUCGUACGAAGGCGUGCUUCCAUACUUCAUCAAAGCUGAAGACGCCUUGAUUGCUAUAAAAGACAACGAGUAUCAUGGCCAUGGUGGAUACAUGAAAGUAAGCGAUUCAAACUUCAGAACUAAGUCCGUGGAGGCUUGGGUUGGAAGUGCGAUAGAGGCUGGACAUAAAUACGUGGACUAUAAUGGUAGAAGUCAGUUUGGCGUAUGUAUACUA